UAUAUUGAAGUGGCUUCAGACCUGGCUGCCCAUAGUUCUCUGUCUUCAGCAGCCAGGACAGUUUGUUGUGAUCACUUCCAGCCACUUCCUGUCCUGAAAGAAUGGAUCCCCAAAGCAUGAGGGAAGACCUCCGUCUGUUUCAGAGCACUCUGCUGCAGGACGGACUCAAAGAGCUCCUGAAUGAGAAUAAGCUAAUCGACUGUGUCCUAAAGGUUGGAGACAGGAGCAUCCCCUGCCAUCAGCUCAUUCUGGCAGCUUGUAGUCCUUAUUUCCGGGAGCUGUACUUCUCCGCAGAUGGCAAAGAAAAGGGUCAAAUGGAGGUUGUUCUGGAGAACCUGGACCCCAAUGUCAUGGAAGUGAUUGUAAAUUACAUGUACUCAGCUGAGAUCGACAUCAACGACAACAACGUGCAGGACAUUUUGGCUGCUGCCAACCGUUUCCAGAUCCCAUCAGUGUUCACAGUUUGUGUGAAUUAUCUCCAGAAGCAGCUGUCAAAGAAAAACUGCCUCGCCAUCUACAGACUGGGACUGAUGCUGAACUGUGUCAGACUGGCAAUGGCAGCCCGAGAUCACAUCGCAGAUCGGUUUGAGACCAUAGCCAAGGAUGAGGACUUCUUAGAGCUUGCUCCACCUGAACUCUUUGCCAUUAUUGGAGCGGAUGCUUUGAAUGUAGAAAAAGAAGAGGUAGUGUUUGAGACCCUCAUGAGGUGGAUCAGGAAAGACAAAGAGAAGCGCAUGAAAUCCUUAGAGGAAGCCUUUGAUUGCAUUCGCUUCCGUUUAAUCCCAGAGAAGUACUUCAAGGAGAAGGUGGAGAAGGAUGACAUCAUUAAGAGCAACCCUGAGAUUCUCAAAAAAAUCAAAGUCAUAAAGGACGCUUUUGCAGGGAAGCUGCCAGAGAAGAAGAAGGGACAAGAUGAAGAGGAAGGAGAGGAGGGAAAGUUGCCCGGCUAUCUGAAUGAUAACCGCAGAAUUGGCAUGUACGCCAAAGACGUGAUUCUGAUGAUCAAUGACAAUGCUGCCGUGGCCUAUGACGCCCAGGAGAACGAAUGUUCGCUCGCUGCGAUGACGGAGCAGAUCCCCCGAAACCAUGUCAGUGUGGUAUCAAAGAAGAACAACCUGUAUGUGUUGGGAGGACUGUUUGUAGAUGAAGAGGACAAAGAAAACCCUCUGCAGUGUUACUUCUACCAGUUUGACACUCUCACUGCUGAAUGGAUGGCUCUGCCACCCAUGCCGUCCCCCAGGUGCUUGUUUGCUGUCGGGGAAUGUGACAAUCUUCUAUUUGCUGUCGCAGGAAAAGAUUUACAGUCCAAUGAGUCUCAUGACACUGUAAUGUGCUAUGACACAGAAAAAAUGAAGUGGACUCAAACAAAAAAGUCGCCCAUGAGCAUCCACGGCCACAGUGUGGUCUCUGAGAACGGCUUGGUGUACUGCAUUGGAGGAAAAACAGAUGACAAUAAAGUGACCAAUAAGAUGUUUGCAUACAACCACAAGAGGUCGGAGUGGAAGGAGGUGGCUUCAAUGAAGACACCCAGAUCCAUGUUUGGGGCUGUUAUCCACAACGGGAAGAUUGUUGUCGCUGGAGGAGUCAAUGAGGACGGGCUCACAGCUGCAUGUGAAGCUUAUGACUUUGGGACCAACAAGUGGUCACCCUUCACAGAGUUUCCCCAGGAGAGGAGCUCAGUGAACCUGGUGAGCUGUGGAGGGCAGCUGUAUGCUGUUGGAGGCUUUGCCAUGGUGGAGAACGAGAACAAAGAGUGUGCUCCCACUGAAAUCAUCGACAUCUGGCAGUAUGAAGAUGACAAGAAACAGUGGACUGGUAUGAUCAGAGAGAUGCGUUAUGCGGCUGGAGCCUCCUGUGUGUCCAUGCAUCUUAACUCAGCCAGAAUGCCCAAACUGUAGUCCAGAAACACAACUUUACUGCUGCAGGCAAUGAUAGUAUGUACAUGCUCUUAUUUAGUGGCUCUUUGUUUUCAUGUAGCAUUUUAAAAUAUCAGACACCUUUGCCUGUUUUGUGAGUGUUUUAAUAAAAUGUGUCAUGAUUUUAAUUGGUGUAUUUUUUGUCAUUUGGACCAGCCUUUGUUGAAUCUGAUCUUAAAAUGCAUCACUUCCAUUUAUUAAAGGUCCUGUGUUAUUCCCAUUUUCAAGUUCAUAUUUAUAUUUUGAAUUUUCUAUUAUAACAUGUUUACAUGCUUUUAUGUUCAAAAAAUGCAUUAUUUUUUCUCAUACUGUCAGCAUGAAUAUAUCUGCAUUCACCCUCUGGUCUGAAACUCCCAGUUUUAGCGCCUGUCUCUUUAAGUCACCCCAGGAAGGGCCAGUCUGCUCUGAUUGGUCAUUGUUUCCAGGUCUUCUACAUGUAUGCUCUUGGCGCUUCUGCACCUCAUUGAAGGUGGGGAAUCACUACAACAACAGUUUCUAACUUUAGCUACUGUGAAAAGCAGUGGCCUUUUCUACCGGAGGCCUAGGGAAACCAUGCUUCCUCUCUUUUUUCAAGACUACAGCUGUCAUUGAAUAAAAACACUCCUUUUAACAGUUUA